AAAGAACGAGUCCUCCUCGAGCUUCCAGACAGAUUCCCUGGCUUCAGAUCCGGCCUCUUACUUUGGGUGACCAAACAGCUCCCAACCACGACGAAGUGCAACCUUCGCCCAAUCCGGCCUAUACUCAUCCCACCUGUGGUUCGCUCCUCCUUGUAUCAUCGACUCAUACACUUGACGUAUUGCCCGUCGAUCGCCAAUUACCGAACUAUUGCGACUGCGACUGCGACUCUGACUGGGCAAGUCAUCGAGCUGCAAUAGAGAGCUUUUAUGCGCCGGAAUUCCCUCUCCACUCCUCGGCUCCGACUCUAUCUAUAUACAGACGGAAAACAAUGACGGCGCGCCAAUCAACACCGUCCUCCGACAACUCGCACUCAGACAGCGGCGUCCGCAAGCGAGUAUGCAAGGCUUGCGAUCGUUGCCGACUGAAAAAGUCCAAGUGUGACGGAGCCAAACCAUGCGGUCGCUGUCGAGCAGACAACACGCUCUGUGUUUUCGGCGAGAGGAAGAAAGCUCAUGACAAAGUGUACCCUAAGGGGUAUGUUGAGAUGCUGGAACAACAACAAACUUGGCUAGUCAAUGGCCUGCAAGAACUGUAUCGCCGCCUUCUUGAGGGUGAUGGAUGGCCGGGCGAGCCGCUGAAAUGCGAAGCGAACGGGCAGCCCUUGACACACGAUCUCUUGACGCAGCUCGGCGCUCUCGACACAAGCAAGCACGAGCGGUUCGAAGAACACGCCGAGGUCAUGCAGCAGGAAUUAUGGAAGCGAAAUGCCGGACACAUGCAGCGCCAGGACUCAUCAGAUACCAGCUCCGAGAGCCCACAGUCGCCCGUCAUGCCGUCUCAAUUCUCAGAUCCCUUUUCUGUGCGCACAGUACCACAAACUCCGACAACGAUCAGCCCGAACACGACGCUGCGAAUAGACGUCCCGCAAUCAGCGACGAAGAGUGAACCGCAGAUGACAUCGCCAAACUCCAUAUACACCACAGCCGUGUCCAUGCCGCGAGUGGUCGACCCGUCUGAGCUGCAGAGCGCCCAAAUAGCAAACCCGCAGUGGCCCAGCCCUGGCUUUGGAGGCUACGACGAAAUGGACCUGAUGUCUGGGCAAUAUAAUGGUCUGCCAUACGAAGAUGCGAUCUCCUCGCCAAUGUUCAAUCGUCCAAUGCCAAUGGGGUGCCUGAUACCAGGGUCAUACGGGAACUUGGAUAACAAGAACGACUUUGAGGAUAUCAACCAAUUUCUGAACACACAGUUGGAGAUUACGUCGUAACGCUCCGCGCCAUGGCAACUUGGCUAAGAUGAAUGUACGAUUAUCACUAAAUGGGUUCGGUCUUUCAGGAUGCAGCUUGGGUUUCGGCAAGUCUUCUUUACGGUGUUUUGGUGCUGGUGUUGGCAAAAUACACGGAGUUUCUUGACAUUUCGCGGUAUCUUCUUUCCUCCAUUCUCUCCUCCUUUGCUUCGCUUCGAUCUUGCCUUGCUACGCCAUAGAGAACGAGCACCACUACCACCAUCUUUAAACUGAACGUAUUAAUGGAAUUUCGUUGUACAACUACCUGAUCGUCAUCCUAAACAUCAAGUUCCUAGU